UGGGUGUAAAGCUGCGUGUGGGUGGGGGCGGGGCCGGACGACGCUGGGCCGGACGGGGUUCGGCUGGGUGGACCCAGCUGUCUACUUGUAUCUCUGGAGCCUUGCACCUCGGAAGAUAAAUACUUUGUUGCAAUAGCAACAGGAAGCGAGGGAGGGCUUACCGGAGUUUGCUUAGGACGGAGUUUUAAGUCGUGUCGAGGCCCGGGAUGGACAAGUUGAAAAAGGUGCUGAGCGGUCAGGACACCGAGGAUCGGGGUGGACUGGCCGAGGUUAUUGAAACACCAUCAUUAAGCUGGGGCACAAGAAUCAAAGGCUUUGCUGCUUGUUUUGCCAUAGGGAUUAUCUUCUCAUUGAUGGGUACUUUUUUCCUUUGGGUGCCUAAGAAAGGACUUGUUCUAUUUGCAGCAUUUUAUACCUUGGGAAACAUUGCAUCACUUGGAAGUACUAUCUUUCUCAUGGGACCAGUGAAGCAGUUGAAGCGUAUGUUUGAGACUACACGACUGAUUGCAACCAUCGUGAUGUUGAUGCUGUUACCUCUACCUUUGGUGUCUUCUUCUCAUCUCUCUGGCUAUUCCUUCAUUCCAGGCCCAGCGCAAUUGUGUCUUAUCCUCACUCUGUGUUCUGCUUUCUGGUGGCACAACAAGGGACUUGCUCUCAUUUUCUGCAUUUUGCAAUCUUUGGCUUUGACGUGGUACAGUAUUUCCUACAUACCAUUUGCAAGGGAUGCUGUGAAGAAAUGUUUUACUGCGUGCCUGUCCUAAUAGGCAAAAAGGCACUUUUGAAAAAUCUUGGCAAGUACAAAAGACUGAUUUCUGACAUGAUUUGUAAAUAUUUUCCUAAUUCUGUCUUUACAGACUUGUGCCUUUUCAUUUUGUUUUUUUUUUUGCACCUUGUAACAGGAUGUUGCUUGUUAAAAAAAAAAUGGAUGGUUGUUUUUGUUAAGCAAUGAGAUGUUCUCAAACCAAAGUGUCCCUUGCUCUGUGUCAGUUUUUGUGUACUUCGAGUUUCAAGAGUAGAAUGUCACUGUUCUCUUUCCCUCUCUUGCUCUUCCCCACCAUUUUGAAAUUUCACUGCAUUAUUGUUUCUGAUGAAGAAAAACAAACUUAACCCAGCUGUGCCUGAGGCUUAGGAGCCCAUAAUUCCUCAAAUGGGUGACAAAUGGCCUCAUCCUUGGAGGGAAAUAUUUCUUCUUUAUAAGUAGUGUGCCUCUGGGACUUUGGACUUGCCCAGAUCUAGGUUACCCUCUUUGGGCAGUGGAGACUAUCACUACUGCUUAGAGUGCAGUAUGGACCUACAUUAGCCAUUCUGCAGGAAAGGCAAAUGAACAGGAGCCUGCCAAAUGAAUAAAGUGGGAGAAAAAUCUUACGUUGAUCCUUAAGAGAUUAAAAUUCUCAAGAGGUCCAUUUGGAUCUAAAGUCACCAAAGGAUUCAAGAAAAAAAAAUAGUCACAUGAUUUCUAUGUAGAAAUCCCACUGCCAUACCUCUUGAGAAUUUAGUUAAAAAACUCAGUAGGAUUCUCUCUGCUACAAAAAAAAAGAAAAGAAAAGUAUCUUCUCUAUGAUCAGCUUUGUUCUACUACUCUUUUUUUGGACUAUAUCACCUUCUGUUUUAUUGUGUUGAGUAGGGGGAAGGUGACUUCUGUAGUUGGAGAAGCAUUAUGUAAUGGAGAGAGUUGGGCUUGGGAUCAGGAUGACUUGGUUUCAGAUCUUGCCUCAGAAACAGUAGCUGGGCCUCAGUUUCCUUCUUUGUAAAAUAAUGGGGUUAGAUUAGAUAAUCUCUAAACUCCCCUUCAUAGUUUUCCUUUGCCUUUGGAAGUAGUUCUCCCGAAUCUGUUGUUUGUCAUUGAACUAAUUUAAAUGAACCACUACAUGACUUGGAAUUUAUUGCCUUUUAGAUCUAAUCUGUGUCCCUCGAGAUUCCAGAAUCUUACCUUUCUCUUUUCCAAGGGGAAUCCAUAGUCCUUGGGGGCAGUUAGAUGGUGCAGUGGGUAGAGCAUCAGGCCUGGAGUCAGGAAUUUAUCUAAUCUGGCUUCAGAUACUAGGGUGACCCUAGGAAAGUCACUUAACCCUGUUUGCCUCAGUUUCCUCAUCUGUCAAAGGAGCUGGAGAAGGAAAUGGCAAAAUAUUCCAUUAUCUCUUCCAAGAAAAUUCCAAAUGGGUUCUCAAAGAAUUCAUACUGAAAUGACCAAAUAACUACAGCAACAACAAAAUCUAUAGUCUCCUGAAGUCAGAAACUAAUAGUGCUAGUCUAAUGAAGUAGAUGGAAUUGAUUCACUUUUUUCCUGCCUAUCAGUUAAAUGGAGGGCAGACUAGGUUAGCUAUUUUUAAAAAUCUGUAAUCCAUCAGAGACCCUAGAUCUGUAUUUUUUUUUUUACCCUCAGGUUGAAUCUAUGAUUUCUGAUUUGCAGAGCUGAUGGAACAAUAUCAUAUUUAUUUGGGACCAUAGAACUUUGAAGUUAGAAGGGACCUUUGUUUUUAUAUUUAUCUCACAAAUCCAUUUCUGUUUUUCUGGCCUAUUAGUCACAAACCUUUGCUGAUUUAUUUUCUUUGGAUAGAGGAUGUGAUAUAAAAGCAACAUAGUUACUAGGAUCACUAGAAUCUCAGAGCUUCUCGGGUUUUCAGAAAUUAUCUCAUCUAACACACAGUGCAACAAGAAAACCUUUGACAACAUCCCUGACAAAUGGUUAUCCAGUCUUUAUUUGAAGACUUAGUUUUUAGGGGAACUUGCUCUUUUCUGAGGCAGUUCAUUCUGCUUUUGCACUAUUUCUAAGGUUUAGGAAUUUUUUUUCUUACAUCAAGUAAUGAGUAAGAAACAUGCUACUUUAGAAGAGUUCUAAAAGUAUUAAAACUUUUACUAUUUCAUAUAGGGAAUCUGCUUCCCUUUAAAUCCCAUUCCCUGGUUCUAGGAUUUGGAAAAAGUUCAAAAACAGUUGUAAUUACUCCUUCCCAUGGUAGGUGUUCAAAUAUUGGAAGCCUAAAGUUCUGCUUCUCCCCUUUUCUACUUUCUGCCCACAAAGAAAUAUUUUCUUUUCAAAGCUAAACAUCCCCGGAUCUUCUCAUCAAUCCUUAGAGAUGUUGAUUUUUGUUCCUUUGCCAUCUGUGUGACUCUACUCUGAACUGGUUCAGUCUUGACGAUAACCUUUUCAAAACGUCCUGUCCAGAUAUGAACACACUACUUAUAAUCUGAUCAAGGCAGAAGAAGGCAGAGCUAUAGCCUCUCCUGCUGUGGAUACAACUUCUGUGAAUGUGGUUCAAGAUCUCCCUGACUUUUUUAGCUUCUCCAUGACACUCUGAACUUGGAACUUAUAAUUCAAUAAAACUCCUCAGUCCUUUUUCUCACGAGCUUCUGUCCAGCCUUCACUUCUCUAAUCCUCUACUUGUGAUGCUGAUUUUUUUUUAACCCAAAUGUAGCACUUGAUAAUUAUCUAUUAUAGAAUAAACAUGUCUUUCUUUCUUUGAUUAUCUGGCACCUGCUCAUUGCAUUGCUAUUAUCCCCAACCCAAGUCUUCAUAAAGCAUUCUUGGACUGAAACCUGCCAAAAGCUGAGUGAUUGGAUUCAGGUUUGGAAUUCCCUCCACCCCUGCACCCAUUUCCCUGAUCAGUGUGGGAAGAGUAGGUGAAAUAUGAAUGUCCCAAGAAAAACCUACUUAUAAAGUACAGAAUAAAUUGAUUCAACUUUCAAAAAUAUAAUUUACAUUAAACUUUAAAGGAAUUAAUAACUGUGUAUUGGGCCACAUAAUAACUUGCCCAGGAUCAUCUAGCUAGGAAGUAUUUGAGGCCAGUGAUUAGGGUGCUAAUCACUAGUUAGUAUCCUACGGCCACAGAGCUUGCCUGGGAGCUUUUGUCUCUUUUCCUAUCAAUUGCUGUGUACUCAAGGAAUGAACAAACUCAUUUUAUUAUCUGCAUGGGUUCAAAGAGGCUUUGGAAAGGGAAUCUGAUGUUGCAGAGAGUCAUAUAAUAAUAUAGUACACCGACACAUAAGACAGAGAUGUGCACACACACAUAUACUUUGGGUUAUCCAAAUCACUGCCUUCUCUACAAUAAACUUAUUAAGCACUUAUUAUAUAUCAAACCCAGUGCUAAGAAAUGAGGUCACUGAGAAUGAACCAUACUUCAAGAAAAAUCUGUUUUCUGCCUCUUGUUGUUAUUUGUCAUUUAUUAUCAUGAAAAAAAAAAAACCAAAAACAACCCUAUGGGCAGUCAGGAACCACAAUGAAAUGCAAACUUCUGGGAGACUCUUAGCAGUCUGGCCUCUACCUACAUUUCCAUCCUUAUUUAACCUCAUUCUUUUCUCUGUUCUCUAUGUUUCAACUAACCUGGACAACAGGCUGAUUCUCUACUUAACAUAGGAUCAUAGAUUAACAGCUGGAUGGGACCUUAGAGGUCACUGGGUCCAAUCUCAUCAUCCAACAGAUGAUGACACUGUAGCCUGGGGAGGUUCCCCAAGUGCUACCUGAACCCAGGUCUUCUUGACUCCAAGUCUAGCGCCAUAUUCUUUAUGCCACUGUCAUAAUUUUCUCUGCAUUUUUAAUGGACCAUCUUUCAUGGCUGGGUUGUAUUUCCUUUCAGAAAUCUUCCUACGUUCAUUCCCUCUCUCCAUAACUUUUCAGAUUUCCCUAGAAUAUCUAGUCAGAGUCUCUUCUCUGCCUUCAUCAAAUUCUAUACUUCUUGUAUUUUAUUUAUACGAAUAUGUACUAUUUUCCUUGUAUCCUCCUCUAGUGGACAGUAAACUCUUUGAAGGCAGGGGAUAUGCAAUUUUUUUUAUCUUUUCAUUCUCCCUCAUAUAGGGUAGACACAUAAUAAGUGAUCAUGAAAGUGAAUUGAAGAAAAGAUGUUGGCACUUCACGGCAUAAAUGAUGAAUAUUGGCAACCCUUCCACUGUGAAAUCCAACAUAUGUGGUUACAUACCAGGCUUUAGUUGCCUUUUUAAUGGGGCAACUUCUAGGUUAGCAUGGUGUUCCCUGUCUAGGGCAUGUAUGGUUUUUGGACUAACUUAAUUUUCUUGUAUUGAAAAAACACAUUCAUGUUUUAGGUGUGUAAAGUUUGUUCUCUGGAUUUUGGUUACAGUGCCUGAUUUUACAAUUCAAGGUUUUUACAUGUUUUAAAGAAGUACAGGAGUUUGUCCAGAGCCCUUUAAAAAUAAAUGAUGAUUCAAAAUUCCAAAUAAAGUUGAAUGCAGAUGUAGGUCUUUGCAGCUUUUAAUGGCUUGCAAGAAUUAAACAUUUGCAAAAAUACUUUAAAUAAAUUUUUUUUUAAUUUCCAAGGAAUUCAAGGGAGAAUGGCAAACAUGUAGCACUUUAUUCUUCCUUUCCACUGAGAAGAUCCUGUUCCUGAAUGAAUCAUAUACUUUAAAAUGGGCAGCUACAUAAUUUCCUUCUGGGUUAUUAUCGUUUUUUAUUUAUUGCCACUGCUGUCCAAAAAUUCAAUAGAUAGUCUCAAAAAAAGGGUCAGCUCCCUUGGAGUAUUCAAGAACAAUAGACUGACAGGGAUGUUAAAGAAUUUUUCCAUGGGACAAGAGGCUGGAAUAGGUGAUAUUUGGGGUCUCCUGAAGCACUUUUUCAAUGAGAUAUCCAGGCCUCAUUUCAUAGUUUAUGGUUUAAUAAAAUUAAAAUGGUUGAUUCCAAUCCUAUAUAUUUGUUCCAAGAGUAAUCAUUUAUGGUAAUGAGAGCCAUUGUGGGACAUAGUGGAUUGAGAGUUGGCCUUGGAGUUAGUAAGACUAGAAUUCAAUUCUUACCUGCCACAUUGAGUGACUGCCACCAUGUGCAAAAAAUGGCUUAGCUUUUUCUCUGCGUCCCAGAUGACUAAGAUCUGAAGUUUGGAGAAGUUGCUCAUCUGCUUUGAUGGAGGAACUUUUCACAUUGGGAAAUACUGAUGAUAUAUAUUGAUGAAAUCACUUGUCCUCAUUCCUUUUUCUUUACCUAUCAAAAACAAAUGACAAAAACACCUUUUCCCUCCAAAAAACCCCUCUAAACCCACCGAAGUCAAACCCCCCUAGAACCCCAAUCCCACAAACAACCAUUUCUAAAAGGACAUUUAGUUACAUCUAGCUGUUUUCAUGCAGAGACAGCUCACACCAUCUGGUUAUCACAUGCCGUGUGCUUAUGUGUCUUUCAAACUGAAAAUUAGGACAUAUGAUCCUACAGCUGAUAAUCCUUUUACAAGACCUCAUUUAAACCCUUAAAAAAAUUGAAAACCAAUUCCAUCCUGGAAAAUCUAUGGUGCAACGUUGCACUUCAAGGGCACAUACAAGAUAUCUUUUUUCUUUUUUUUUUCCUUUUUUGCUGAGGGCUCUCCAAGGCAGUAGAACCAAGUUAGACCAUCAUAGUGAAAUAAAGUUAUAAAUAAGUAUAUUUCCUAACUUAAAUUGUAUUUUCUAACUGGAAAUGUUGGGGACAUCUCCUAAGAGACUUAGAGGUCUAAACAUGCUGGUUUCUGGAAGUGAGUUAUGUUUGAAACAAGGAUUUUGAAGUGGGGAAGAAGAGUUUUUUUUUUUUUUCGAUUAAAUUUGCAAACUUGAAUUUUAAUUUUAUUUAUUUUUAAUUUUAUUUUUAUUAUCAUGCAAAACAUACUUCCCAAUUUGAACACACUCAUACAAAACCAGUUCCAUCCUGGAAAAUCUAUGGUGCACUUCAAGGGCACAAGACCAAAAUAUACAAAACCAAAACCCUAAAUACACUGAUGUGAAAGAUAGUAAGCUUUGAUCUACAUCCAUCCGACUCCAACAGUUCUUCCUCUGGAAGUGGAUAGCAUUGAAUUUUUAUUUUAAAGCAAAAAAAUAAAUGAUGGAAAAAAUAUCCAGUUAAUCAGACAUUGAGGUGUGGACUUAAGUUGUAUAUAAAAGACAAACCUAGGCUAAGACUUCUUUAGGCAAAGUUAAGAGUUAAUAUAUUUUGUUCUAGGUACAAACAGACCUUGUAUCUGCCUGAUUUCUUAAACUAAUAGUUUGUUCUGGACCUUGUGGCUUUUCUGCUUUUAUAAGUGCCAUGUCUUAUGUUUUCUAUUGUCUUUCUUGAACAUUGUGUGUUUGCCCAGUAGGUUGAGCUAUCCACUGGACCCAACCCUAACUGCUUUCUCCCUGCCCAAGUGUCCAGAUGAGAUUAUGAGUUUAGGUUGAGAAAGCCCCUGGUGAUAGCCACAGGGUAGGGUGUGGCUGACUAAGAACUUGGGACACUGUCUCUGUUAUACUGUGAUUGGCUUUUUAAUCAAUUGGUUAAAAAAUGAAUGAUUUUUUCUAAUUAUGUGAAAACUCAUUAACAAGGUUUUAUGCUGCUCUUUGUUCAAUGGAAUUUUUUAUAACCAAAAAUAUAUUUUUCUGUGAACUAUUUAUCCUACCUUGAUAAUCUGUUUGGGGGGAAAAAUCAACAAACAAGUAUUGCUUCUCUUUUCUAGCUUAUUAUCAAAAGACCUUUUGGCAUCACUGAACUGUUCCCUCCCAACAUGAUGUAUUCAUGUGGCCCUUUUUACUUGUUUUCCAAUAAAGAUUAGCAUAAUAUUCUACAUAAAAA